AUUAUUCAACAACUAUCAUUUUCUCCGGCCACUUGCUCACAACCUUAUUCAUUCCUCUUUAUAUAUUCAUACUACAACACCUGAUAGCUCACAAUUACACCCACUCUUCCCUUACAUACAUAGUGCAUUAUUAGCCCACUUCCUAAUAAACUUACCAAAUUUCAUAGCACAAGAAAUGUCAUCGAUGGAGACAGAAAAGGGAGCAGUGCCAACACCUCAAGCUCCUCCGGUAGCACCAACGGAUAACAAAUAUGGCGUCGUUGAUGUGAUUUUGAGGGUCUUGUUGUUGGCUGCAUCUAUAGCCUCAGUUGUACUUAUGGUUACCAGCAAACAGACAGAGAUUAUUGUUUCACCUUUUGGUUCCCGUCCCAAUGCUGCAAAAUUUCAGAAUUCUCCCGCGUUUAUAUACUUAGUUGCAGCACUAUCUGUUGCUGGUCUGUACAGCAUCAUCACAGCACUUGUGUCUUUGUCUUACAUGAGGAAGCCUAUCGUCCCACCAAAGUUGUUCUGGAUUUUGCUCAUUCAUGACGUGCUUCUAUUGGGAAUCGUAGCAGCAGCAACGGGAACAGCUGGUGGGGUUGGAUACAUUGGUCUGAAAGGGAACACCCAUGUACGUUGGGGGAAAAUUUGCAAUGUAUAUGAUAAGUUUUGCCGACACGUCGGAGCCUCAAUUAUUGUUUCGUUGUUUGCUGCUGCGGUGCUCGUGCUUCUCGUCUUUGUCAACGCCAACUCUCUCUACCGUCGCAUCCCAAAAUACUAGGUUUCUGAUAUUUGUUCUCAAUUAUUGUUGUUGUUGUAUCCGUUGAUUCAGGUUAUUAGUGUGCGCAGUUUGAAGUUGCAUUUCUUAUGUUUCUUGGUGCAUCUAAAUAUCUAAUGUAUAAUAUGAUAUAUUUUUAGGUUGUUUUUAUUAUCAGGUUUUGCAAACUGUAGUCCGUCUUUGAGUUUCUGUAUUUUUCUGUACAUCUGUAAAGCUUUCAGAGAUCAAGUAUAUAAUUGAAUGUCAUCUUCAGUUAAAUA